CACCGCUCGGGGUUUGGCGCGCAGUUUCCCUCACGAAUCUGCUUCUGCGAAUUGCAAAAGCCGGGUCAAAAAUGAGAAAUGAAUUUAAAAGCCCCUCCCUUUAGGAAAGACGAAUCUCUGUGUGUUUGCAUUUAGCGUUUUCAUUGCUUGUUUUGCUUUGUUUUGAUUACAGCUUUUCUAUUCCAGGCCGAAUGUGCGGCGGCGAAGCGGCAGGCCAGUAAACAGCGGCGGGCUCGGCCUGGAGGCGCCAUGGCGGCGGAGGGCCUGGCGGGGCUCCUGCCCGCACAGACGCAGCUGGAGUACGCGCUGCUCGACGCCGACACCGCUCAGGAGAAGGAGAACCUGGUCUACCAGUACCUGAAGAAGAUGGACGGCCGGGAGCGGGACCUGACAGUGCCCGAGCUCGGCGGAGAUCUACAGUGGUUAAACACUGAAGGUCCCAUUUCUCUUCACAAAGACCUUCGUGGAAAAGUUGUGGUGUUGGAUUUCUUCACUUACUGCUGCAUCAAUUGCUUGCACCUGCUGCCUGAUCUCCAUGAAUUAGAGCACCAGUACUCUGAUAAAGAUGGUCUUGUUAUUAUUGGUGUUCAUUCAGCGAAGUUUCCGAACGAAAAAGUUCUGGAUAGCAUUAAGAGUGCAGUUUUGAGGUACGAUAUUGUCCACCCUGUAGUGAACGAUGCAGAUGCAACACUGUGGCAUGAACUAGAAGUGUCCUGCUGGCCAACUCUAGUCAUUCUUGGGCCUCGUGGAAACAUGCUGUUUUCGCUUGUUGGAGAAGGGCACAAAGAGAAGUUGUUUUUAUUUACUUCAAUAACACUGAAAUUCUACAAGGAGAGAGGACAAAUUAAAGAUAACAAUAUUGGAAUAAAGCUAUACAAGGACUCCCUCCCGCCUUCUCCCCUGCUGUUUCCCGGCAAAGUGACAGUAGAUAAAUCAGGAGAAAGGCUGGUGAUAGCAGACACUGGACAUCACAGGAUUUUGGUCACUCUGAAAAAUGGGCAAAUUCUACACACUGUUGGAGGUCCAAAUAGUGGAAGAAAAGAUGGAAGAUUUUCAGAGGCAGCUUUCAACUCACCACAAGGCGUUGCUAUAAAAAAUAAUGUUAUUUACGUAGCUGAUACAGAAAAUCAUCUAAUUAGAAAGAUUGACCUGGAUUUAGAGAUUGUGACCACUGUAGCAGGCAUUGGGAUACAAGGUGUUGAUAAAGAAGGGGGAGCAAAAGGAGAAGAACAGCCUAUCAGCUCUCCGUGGGAUGUGGUCUUUGGAAAUUCAGUUUCAGGGACCCAGGAGGACGAUGUUUUAUGGAUAGCAAUGGCAGGCAUUCAUCAGGUGUGGGCACUGAUGUUGGAAGGUGGAAAACUUCCAAAGGGAAGUGAUUUAAAGAAAGGAGUCUGUCUUCGAUUUGCUGGGAGUGGAAAUGAAGAGAACAGAAACAAUGCAUACCCUCAUAAGGCCGGCUUUGCACAGCCUUCUGGACUCUCUCUGGCUUCCGAAGAGCCGUGGAACUGCCUUUUUGUAGCAGACAGUGAGAGCAGCACUGUGCGAAUGAUCUCUCUGAAAGAUGGAGCUGUGAAGCACCUUGUAGGAGGAGAGAGAGAUCCAUUGAAUUUGUUUGCCUUUGGUGAUGUGGAUGGAGCAGGCAUAAAUGCCAAGCUGCAGCAUCCCCUAGGAAUAACAUGGGACAAGAAAAGAAAGCUGCUAUAUGUGGCGGAUUCCUAUAAUCAUAAGAUUAAGGUUGUAGAUCCCAAAAUGAAGAACUGUGCUACCCUGGCAGGCACAGGAGAAGCAAGCAAUGUUGUUGGCUCCAGCUUUACACAGUCGACUUUUAAUGAACCAGGAGGUUUGUGCGUUGAAGAAAAUGGCCGUUUGAUGUAUGUUGCAGACACAAAUAAUCACCAGAUUAAAGUGCUGGAUUUGGAAACAAAAAUUCUGUCCAUGUUGCCUAUCCUGAAUCCAGAAACCUGCGAUGUUACAGAUCAUCCGGCUGCACAAAAGGACCAAACUGCAAACCUUCCAAAACUGCCUAAAUCUGCUCCAAACAUUCAGCUUCCUUCGCUGAGUGCAGCUCCCGGUCAGACCAUUCAGUUUCUAUUGAAGUUGACUCUCCCUCCAGAUUCAGAAUUGAACGAAGAAGCACCUAAUGCCUGGUUUAUCACAGCAGAAGGUAAUAAUACAUGGCUGCUUCAAGGACAGUAUCUGUCUGGAGAAAUUAAGGAUGUUUCCUGUCAAACUGUCAUUCCCUUUCAGCUACCAAGAGUCUGUCUAUCAGCCGAAGCUGUGCUGGCUAUCAAAGCGUGCCUCUACUAUUGCAGUAAAGAUAGCAGUGCCUGCCUGAUGAAAGGAAUCUCAUUCAAUCAGCCUUUACAGAUAGGAAGUACAAACCAAGGCGGUGUGACUCAAGUUGAACUAACACAUUCGUUUAUAACUAACUAGUGCUUGGUAAAAUGAAGUAGAGUUUCUUAGUUUAAUGGGAAAAUUUGUAAUCAGAACCUCAUUUCCUUUCAUUACAGUAGCAGCAAUGAUGGUGUAAUGCUCUAGACUCUGUUGCCAAUUGUGAAUAUAUGGGAUGUGCGCUGUUCUAAGGAAUGAGCAACAGGUCAUUUUGAAAGAGUUAAGACUGCUUUGUGAUGUUACUGUAAGAAGUUCUUUGUGCUGUACAUUGGAUUACUUCAGACUAACAGUUACUGAUUCCUUUUGUGCCCUUAAAUUGUAAGAGAAUGUCAAAACUCGAGGUUUCUUUCUUAAGGCUGCAAAAGAAGCAUCUUGCUUGUUUUUCUGAACAGCAUCUAUGGCACGUGUGUUUUGAAAAUAGAUCUUAAAUUAAGUGUAGCUCUAGUAUUAUUUAAGCUGAUUGUUUUUCUUAGCUCUGUCUGAUUGCCUUAUAUGAAGAGCACAGCUUCAUGGAAAAAUUCCUGUGACAGGAAGCGUUUAAGUUCCUCCAAAAAAAAUCACACUCAUUUCUAACAAAGAAUGUGCCUCUCUGAUGUAUAUGUAUAUUUGUAAAAAAAAAUCAUAAAACCAUGCUGGAGUCUUUCUAAUAUGUACUGACUUACAUUUUAUGGUAAGUGAUAAAAAACGUUUGAUUAUCUAAACUGCAAAAAUUAAAUGUCAACCAUUUCAAGCAAGUGAAUCACUUUCUCACUUUUAAAAUUUCAAUGUAAAACAUUGACUGAAGACUUCUUUCUUGCAAACUUAAAAUACUUAGAGUAAUACUUCCUUCUUGAAGCCCAGUUCAGAGUUUUUCGAAGUCACUGUUUGUCCACACACUCAUUUGUUACGGUGGCCUCUGAAUCAGAGCUAUGCACGUGACAAUACCAUGUCUAGAGCUUCUGACAUUUUGCUAGAGAGCUGGUGAUUUCAUCUUCGAGCAAAAUGCUUUGAAGCUGUGCUCCAGAACUCUGCUUUUGGUGCUUAAAAGUUCUGCAGAAAAAAUUUGAUCAAUUUGCCAUAGCGAGUACCAAGAAUACAGGAGGAUGUGUGAGGUGAGUGUCUGACCCAAAUUGGAAGGGUUUCCACAGUGCCUAAGUGGCAGCUGGGCUGGGGUCAGUGCUUUGAUUAUGAGGAUCAGUUCUGAGAUGAAUUUGUUGGUAAGUUGGAAGAUAGUUAUUUUUGCACAUAGAAUGAAGUGUGGUCAUGGAACAAUUUUUAUGUGGUAUUUUCUAAAGCAGUCAUCAUGGUUCCUGACUCCUGUCAGUAAUUCCCCAGUAUGAUUUGUUGUUGAUGUUUCUUAAAAGCUGACUGACAUCUUGGUCAUGAACUCGAGGGACUUUUGUUUUGGGGGACCAUACAGGUUAAUAUGCUUUUUCCUUCUGUUGAAGUGCCAGCCUCUCUGAGUUCUGUGUAGUAGCAGAAAUGGCGAUUAUCUCACCACCUGUCAGCAGGGCAAGGACUGAACUGUUACUUCUCUUGUGUUUCUUUUGUUUGCUUGCUUUUUUAAAGCCACAUUUUGUAAUUCAGUCUUUCAGUCCCUUUGGGUAAGCCUCACAGUCUCAUAUGCCAUGCUGAAGAAGGAUAGAGCUUUGCUACGUUGUUCAGAGGUUGCAAAUGCCUUGGAAGGAUGAAGCUAAAGAAAUUGCUUGGUGCAUUUAACAUUUCUUACAUUUUAUUGCAACCCCUUCAGAUUUCUUUUGGUGUUUAUCUAACUUUGGAUGGUAACCAGGAAACCUUAGCUCAGCUUCCAGCGACAUCACAGCUUUUCUGCUGCUUACUAAAAAAGCCCAAGUGUUAGUUUCAGAAGUUCAGAAUAACACAUCGAACUCUUAAAAGUUACCUUGAGAAUGUAACUCAGCAGAUAGACCAAUAUAAAAUAAUUUUAAUUGGAAAUCAGAGAAAAAGAAUGUCUUUCAGUUGAAAAGGAUCAUAAAAUUCUGCCUUCUAUUCUCAAACUCAGGAAAAAAAGCUGCACAAAUGCAAUCUAAAUCACAUUUUUUUUAAUUAAAAUAUUACUAUAGGGAAAGGCCAUGUAUUCUUAACUUUAUUUAAGUUCAGUGUGUAAUGCUGAAAUACAGUAUUGCAGAUAUGUUUUCUAUCUAAACAUGUAUCUAUCAAGUUGUGCUUAAGGGUCUUAUGUUUUUUGUUUCCAGGAUUCCCCUUGUAGUUACUGUACGUAGUAAGCACAUUCAGAACCACUGUAAACUUAAUGGAAGUGAGUGGUAGUAGAUACUGGGAAAGCUGUUGCAUACGAUCCAGCUAACAUCCAGGCUCAGAGUUCAAAGGACCUUUAAAUAUUUAGUCAUAGCCAAAUUUGAAGUAAUUGUAUUUCAAGGAAAACGGUAGGAAUAUGUGAUUGAUUAUUUUAUUGCUCUUUUAAGUCGAUGUCUUGCAGCAGUUGAGUGGAUCCUAUAUAAACAAGGAGGGUAUCCAACACAAACUGGGGACAUACCAAAUUCCUGCCAUUGUUAGUACAUUCCCUGUUACUGCAGUGUAAUGGCUGUGCUAAAAGAGGCAGAAGGUGUGUGAGACCAUCUCAAAAAUACAUCUGUCUUGUUAUUUAAAGAAAAGGUGGAUGUCACAAAACGCUUUCCCCACCUGCAUCCUGUAAGUCCUAACCCCCUUCAGAGUAAAAGGGAGACCUUCUUACCCUGAUGCCUUCAUGACUAUCACACAGGGACACUGCUAUAAUAAUUCUCCUUUGUUGUCUUAGGAGCAGCUGAUUAUCAGCAUGCUCCAGCUCUCCCUGUUGAAGUUACUGGGGUUGUUCUGAUCCUCCUCACUCUGCGUGUUCACUAUGACUGGCAUCUGUCGUAUUAAGCCUGACACUAUUUUGUUUGUCCAGGAAAUAGCAUACAAACUCACCGAGUCCCUACUUAUGUUUCACUCACGGCAUCAGCUGAACAGACAUUUGAACACUCUAUAAUUAGCAUAACACGCUUUUUAAGAGCUUAUGUUGUUGACUUUUAUCCUGCAAAAGGGAUGCUGUUUCCAUUGCUUUCUCCAGGGUACAGGGUGCUGUUACACUAAAGCAAUAAGUGCUAUGGAUGUUACCAGACAGGGAAACAGUAGCUUGUACAAGCAGCAGAAAUUUCAGUUCAGUUACCAGAAAGCAUCCUUAAAAUAUUAUUUUAAAAAAUAGGAUAUUUGAUUUCUGUCUCUAAAUACUGAAAAAUCAGAUGGCUGCUAUCUCUUUGUAUGGCAAUUUAGCUUGUAGUAUUUCCUGAUGUAAAAACUGUAAAUUACCAGUAGUUUGAUAUGGCUCAGCACUCCCAGAUUUUGAACUUCAAGUGACAGUAUGUAAUUCAGAGCCUCUUCACGUCGUGUUUUCUCACUGAUUUUGAUAGGUUUUGCAUCAGACCUUAAUAAAUUUGUUAAUUACUGUAGCAAAUCUCU